GCAGCCGCAGCCGCGGCGGGCGGAGCGCGGAGCCUGUGCGCGGCCCGGGUCCGGCUCAUUACUCAGCGGCCGAGGCCGGAGGCGGUGGUCGGCCAGAAGCAAAAUUUGGAUGAAGUGAAGUAGCUAAGUUGCCGUCAUGAGCAGGAGCAAGCGUGACAACAAUUUUUACAGCGUUGAAAUUGGAGAUUCAACUUUCACCGUAUUGAAACGGUAUCAGAAUUUGAAACCAAUAGGAUCAGGAGCACAAGGAAUAGUAUGUGCAGCUUAUGAUGCCAUCCUUGAGCGGAAUGUUGCAAUCAAGAAGUUAAGCCGACCUUUUCAGAACCAAACCCACGCUAAAAGAGCCUACAGAGAGCUUGUUCUUAUGAAGUGUGUUAAUCACAAAAAUAUAAUCGGCCUACUGAAUGUGUUCACACCGCAAAAAUCCCUGGAAGAAUUUCAAGAUGUCUACAUAGUGAUGGAGCUCAUGGAUGCAAAUCUCUGCCAAGUGAUUCAGAUGGAGCUGGACCAUGAACGAAUGUCCUAUCUUCUUUAUCAAAUGCUGUGUGGUAUCAAACAUCUUCAUUCAGCUGGGAUUAUUCAUAGGGAUUUAAAGCCCAGUAAUAUAGUAGUAAAGUCAGACUGCACUUUGAAGAUUCUUGACUUUGGACUGGCCAGAACUGCAGGAACUAGUUUUAUGAUGACGCCUUAUGUAGUGACUCGUUACUACAGAGCACCAGAGGUCAUCCUAGGGAUGGGAUACAAAGAAAACGUGGAUUUAUGGUCUGUGGGGUGCAUUAUGGGCGAAAUGGUUUGCCACAAAAUCCUCUUUCCAGGAAGGGACUAUAUUGAUCAAUGGAAUAAAGUUAUAGAGCAGCUAGGAACACCAUGCCCCGAAUUUAUGAAGAAAUUACAGCCUACAGUCCGAACUUACGUGGAGAACAGACCUAAAUACGCUGGAUAUAGUUUUGAAAAACUCUUUCCAGAUGUCCUUUUCCCAGCUGACUCCGAACACAAUAAACUUAAAGCAAGUCAAGCAAGAGAUUUGUUAUCAAAAAUGCUGGUUAUAGAUGCUUCUAAAAGAAUCUCUGUGGAUGAAGCCCUGCAGCACCCAUACAUCAAUGUUUGGUAUGAUCCAUCAGAAGCAGAAGCUCCUCCACCAAAGAUACCAGAUAAGCAGUUGGAUGAGAGGGAGCACACGAUAGAAGAGUGGAAAGAGUUGAUAUACAAGGAAGUCAUGGACCUGGAGGAAAGAACCAAGAACGGGGUUAUACGUGGCCAACCAGCCCCUUUAGGUGCAGCAAUGAUCAAUGGCUCUCAACACCCAUCUUCAUCGUCAUCUGUCAACGAUGUGUCUUCAAUGUCAACAGAUCCAACAUUGGCCUCUGAUACAGACAGCAGUCUAGAAACCUCAGCUGGACCUCUGGGUUGCUGUAGAUGACUACUUGGUCUUUUGGGGGGUGGGAGGGGGGUCCUUUUAGUCAAUAAUAGGGCACUUUUAAAAUUUGGUGGUAUUUUUGAGUGUUUUUUCAAAAAUAAUCAUGGAAUUCAUCAUAAAGUGCUGUAAUUUCAAACUGUAAGUUGUGUUAUAAGCAGCCACUUUUUUGCUGUAAUUAACUGUAAAAUAUUAAACCUGGUAAUUUUUAUUGUGGUUUUAAAAUCUGCAUAUUUGCUUUACUAUUAUGCUGCUGAUCUUUUUUUACUGAAUUUCUAAGAUUUGUUUUAUCAAAGCACAUAUUAAUGUUGUGGUCAUUACCAUAUGAUGAAUUAUUUAAGAUUUUAUAGGUUUUCAAUUUUUUAAUUGGAAUUUAUUCCAGAUGUUUUGUUCAUGAUAUCCUUCAAAGUUUUAUGCUUGGUCAUACAUCUGUGUCCCAGAUGGAGGGGGAGAGAAUUCAGUGCAGCCAGCUGUAGUUUCAGGCACACUACUGUGGUGCUGGGUAGUGAACGAAAUCCUCUUUUAUUUUGGCCACUUGCCUAUAGUACUUCAGCAAAAGGAACAAUUAGUGAGGAGUUUUUUAGAGAAACAGAAAAAAACCUUUGCGAAGUAAUAUUAUCUGAAUGGGUUUAUGAACUUAAGAAAGCAAAGCAUAUCUUCAAAGCUGCAGAAAUAUCCAGCCUAGCAGAGUAAUGUGAUGUUUUCUGCAGAGUUGUGGCAUGCCAAAUCUUGUGAUCACCAUAAAACAUGAGGAUACUUCAUGAAUAAUACAUUGCAAUGCCAAUAAACUGUUUACUUCUAGCUCGUAGCCUGUUUUUGUACACACAGAAUGAAGUGUAUCCAGGAUGUGUAGACUGACAAGAGGGAAUAUCAAUAUGCUGUAGCUAUACUUUCAUGUGAGAUGUGAUUCUUGGGAGUUCUGGUUCUUACUAGUUUUGUCUGCUAAGGCAAGUGCUUUUUGAGUGCUUUUUGGGUCAAAGAGGGAAUGACAUGAAUGCAGUAGGGGCAAAACUUCAGCUACUCUUUCUCCACCAAAAGUAACUGAUUGCUAAAAACCAUGAAGUGGUAGGAGAACCUCAGGAUUUCUGUAGCUAAUGCAUUAAUUGAGCAAUAUAUGCCAUCCAAAGGGGGGAGAAGUAGUGCUGUGUAAAUUAAUAUUUAUCUCUUUCAUUUCACCAUGAGAUCAGUGUAGCAGAAAUCUUAGCAGUGGUUCAUUUUAAGUCAUAAAUAUUCAGUAGUUUUCAUUAAUGAAGCUCCAAGUUUCAAUACACUUUUUAAACAAAAGAUAUAUUGAGAUAUAUAGAACAGUUAAUAAAUAGUCAUGUAAGAUGGUGCUGCUCCUCACAGAAGUAUUUUAACUGUUUACAUUUUAUAUUUACAGAAUGAUUUAUGUAUAACUGACUUAAGUUUAUGUAUGAGUUAAACAAUCAUUCAGAAUUUAUUUCUUUGGAAAAUGCAGAUUUUUAGUGAAGCUAGGCUGUAUAAUUGAUUGCCUUGUGUAGAUGCAUAUUUUGUGUAGUGAAUUAGAAUGUGAAGAGGAAUUCAAAUUAGUAAAGCUCACAAAAAAUGGGCAUAAAAGAUACAGAAGUCUUGCCAGGCACUGAGCAUAAGCAAAUAAUGCAACUGCAUGCAGAGGUCAUCCAGGAGUGACUGGUGGUCUUCAGUGUGGUUCCUUCUGCUUGUUGGGUUAAAUAAGCAUCUUUUUGAAGUUUUAAGUGAAAGAGGAAAAUUUAUCUUUGCAGUAAGUUUUAGAAAAACAGAAGUGAUAGUAAUGUCAAUGUCCAACAUGUCUUUUUGAAAAACAUGCAGGGCUGCAAGGAAUGGUAAUGUCUCAAAGAUAACUAAAUUGAUAAACUGCACAGUUGAUUUCCUGGCCUGGCUAGACUGCUGGUAAGUGCUGUGUGCGUGUAAUUUUGCUUUCCUCGUUUAUAUCUAAUAUUUCAAUAUUGCCUUCCUAAGCCACAUUUGUUAAGGCAAUUAUUUUUGCAGGAUCCUGCCAAAUUGUAUAUUACCUCAGAACAGGCAGGACAAGUUUGGAUUCAUCUAGCACUGGAAUGUAGAAAAUGUUGAACAGAGACCAAUGGAACAGUCUAUUCUGUAAAUUUUUUAUCAAAGUUUAAGCUGUGAAUUAAGCCAAAAAUUUUGGUCAAACGAAAGUACUCCAUUGUUUUAUAGGGUCAAGUGAUAGUGUGGUCUGCACAGUGUAAUGAAGUUAAAACUGACAAAAGUAACUUCUGAUGCCUCUCAGUGCUGUUAAAAAUAAAUUGGUAAAUACAGUUCCUAUUUAAAUUUAUUAUAGAAACCCACUGGAUUGCAGUGAUGACUGAAAUAUUUUGAAACUUAAAAAUACUUUUUGCUAUUGCUUUCCAGUGUCUGAACUAUGUAGUAACUGAACUACUGAUAAGUGCUAAGGAGAACUGAGCUUUUCUUCUUUCAAGGCAAGGUUAGUGAAUGUGUGGAACUGCCCACUGCAGCUUGUUGCAAUGUGUGAGCCAGCUGUGCUUAAAGGUAUUGCUUCAGUAGGGUCAGGGCUUUGCCUGUGGCAAGAGUUCACUUUUGGCACCAUCUUCACAGGAGUGUUGCUUUUUAUUUUUUUCAGUUGCUCGCAUUUUAGGCAAAUUAAAGUGAUGGCAAAUUGCAAAGACAAAAUCAUAUUCAGUAAUCAAAUUAUCACAACAGCAUCCUAGUCUUAACUUCCCUUUUUAUUUGUUGAAAUAUAAACUUUUUUUCAGAUAGGUAUACACUGCCACAGAUUACAAACAAAUGGGUAACUGGAAUUCAGCUGUGUUUGUCUGUUGUUAGAUUAUAUGCUAUACAAUACACUGUACAAUUUUAAAGUAUUGUUAAGUUUUAUUUUAGAGUUUGAUUUGGAAUCUUCUCAAGACAACAGGCUUCACUAAAGUGCAUGCAACUUUCUAAGGCCAUUCCAAUCCACUGGGAGUUGAUAUGGAUUGAAUUACCAUAAGCUGUCUAUCCCUUACCUCAGGUGAGGUUCAAAGUUGGGCAGUAAUAGCAAGAUUGAUGUCUGCCUUCUCUGGGCAAAGCUGUGGCAUGCAGCAAGGGUAAAGCAGCUCUCUCCUUCUGUAGAAGUAGGUUGUUCAAGAACUUGAAAUAGAGAUGGGGUAGGGGGAAUUAGUACCCUUAGAGAGUACUGGGAUGCUGUGCUGGGCAGUUGUUUGUUGGUGCAAGCCAGUGGCUCAGAGCUGAUGUGUUGGUGUGUGUGAGCAGCUGUGCUGCCCAAGCACAACUCCCUGUGCUUGGAAGUGGAACAUGCUCAGCCCUGGGUCAGUGCUCAGCUGAGCAGAUGUGGCACUUUGCCCUGGCCAAGCUUGGGCCUUUAGCUUUGAAGAACUUUUACUAUAUGAGAUGCAGCAACAUCUUUCUGGGCAGGAAUUCCAGGUGGACAUAGCAUCAGCACCAGUGGUGUGGUGGGAGUGUCCUGUGUCCCCAGCACCAGCUGUGCCAGUAGGGCCCUUCUUCCCGGGGCCAGGGCUCUGUAGGGGAUGGAUGGAUGGAUGGAGCAUUCAGCUCAGCAGUGCAUGAAGGAAAAUGUCAAAAACCUCCUACAGGAGGAUGGUCCUACCCAGCCAAUAAUCUGAAGAGUAUGACAGUAAAUGUUUUUUGAUAAAGAUCAUGGGCAAAAGUGGAGAAGAAGGUUCAGCUUAUACUUGGUCUUGCUUUUUCAAGUUGCUGAAGGGAGUGAAUUGCAGUUUCUAGAUCUGUUUUUAUUUGCUUUUGGCAGCAACUUGUCCAUACUGUUACAUUUUAUUUUCCUCUCAGUGGUUUGGAGCAGUUGAAGGAGAGCCUGUCUGUAUUUUUCAGCAGAGUUAGAAAGAUGUUUUUAUUGAAGCGUGUGAUAAGACUCUACUGCCCACCCAAAUUUUCAAUUAAUUUAAUAUAUUCUUAGUUAAGGGCACUGGAUGAUAGUAUUUUAAGUGGUCUCUCUCACUCCCUUUUCUUUGUACGUCUGUGUUACAGAAAUGUGUUACAAAUCAGAUCACAUUGUGUUUCUAUUUCUGCAGUUCAAAAUUUAAGCUAGGUUUUCUUGAACUACCUCACACAAACUUUCUACGUUUCUUAAGUAAGCAAAGCUAACCCUUGCUAUUGGAACUACACUGAAUGUGAAUAGAAAAUACACCUCCUUUAGAAAAACAAACCUAUUGGCCAAUGUUGAGACAAUAUCAGUAUGUUUCUUAUCUAUUUCACGUAAGAUGUUCAUGUGUAAUAUAUAUAUAGCCUGUGUACAGUAAUGUACAUCUAGAUAAUUGUGUUAGCUGUAAAUUGGUGAUUUUAUUAUUGUAGUCUGGUUUUGUAGGGUAAAAAUAGCUUACUAGUAAUGUCAGCUCAUCCUUUACAUUUUACAAAAGGAAUAAUUCUUGGUAAGCUUUGCAUACAGAUGAAUUACUUUUGUAGGCCCAAUAUCUAGUCUAUUUUUGAGAGUUCUUUAACUUUUAUUACUAAAGUUGAGAAAAAAUCCCACCCCAAUUACCGUGAUCAUUCCUUCUGCCCUUGAAGUAUGUUCUUAAUUUUAUUAUGUCCCAAGAAGUACAAAGGGAAGAUACACCAUUAAAAAUACUGGGGAAAACUAAUUUUUUUUUCUUCCCCACAUUUGAUACCUUUUUCUGCUUUUCUUUUAUUCCCUCCAAAUAAGCUGUUGGUGGGCAUUACUGAGAACAUUGUGGGGUUUUUUUAACUCAUUCAUGCCAUAGGUCAUUACAUGUGCACCACUGGAAUGUAUACAUUGUUAUCUAGUAUGUCAGUUGGUUAUAAUGAUAUUUUAAAUAAAAAAGAAAAAAAAAAAGUUUGACCACCAUGCA